AUGUUUAUUUUCAGAGAUUGUUUCUAAUANUCUGAUUAUUGAUUGUAAAUUAUUAUAUUAAAUUAGAAAAACAUGAAUUUCCUGAAAAGAUUUUAACACAAAGAUGGAUAAAAUAAGUUACAAAUUUGGAUAAUAAUUAUUAUACAACUGAUUUUUUACCUAUAUAAAUCUUAAUAAGGGAGAAAAAAUCAUAACAAAUAAUUAAAAUUUAUUCCCCAACUCUCAAAGAAUUAGAUUCAAUAUUUGUCUUGUUGAAUAGUAAAAACAUGUAAUAGAUUCUUGAUGAAUAUGUUGUACCCAUCUUUGACUUACCUCCAGAAGCCUUUAAUUAUAAAGAUUUUAAAAAGGGAACCAAAAUUUAAUUAAAUAUACCUAUUAUAACUGAAUAACCUUUAGAGAUUACAGAAGAAUAAAUUAACAAUGGUUUAUUUAAUGUAUGGACCAAAGAUAUUGAAAUUAAUAAUAAAGAUUUGCAAAUUAUAAUUGAGUAAUUAUUUUUUAUUAUUAUUAGACCUUGUAUAUUGGAAAUUUAUGAUUAAUUAAAAGCUAGUACAAUAAAAAAGGUAUGCACUUCAAAGGAACUUACUUAAAUUUUAUCAAACAGAUAUUAAAUUGGAUUUAGAUUAAUAUGA